GUUAAGUAUUUGUAACUGUACGCUACCCAUUGGUUUGUGUCGAUUCGCGCUCAUUUCUUAGUUGGCUAUUGUCGAUCCCAUUUAUUAUUAAAUUGUAAUCAUGGAAUCCUUAAAAAUGAAUAAUGGUCGUUCAAUUCCAGUCAUUGGUCUCGGAACAUGGAAUAGUCCACCAGGUGAAGUUGGAGUGGCCGUGAAGAAAGCUCUAGAAGUCGGUUACCGACAUGUGGACUGUGCUCAUGUCUACAGAAAUGAAGCAGAAAUAGGUGAAGCACUGGAAGGUGCAUUAAAGAGUCUAAACUUAAACAGAGACGAUGUUUUUGUUACUUCAAAGCUGUGGAAUACUUUCUUCCGCCCUGAGCAUGUCAGGAAAGCCUGCGAAGAAACUUUGAAGAAUUUACGUCUUAAAUAUCUUGAUUUGUACUUAAUUCACUGGCCUGUUCCAUUCCAAUAUGGUGAAUCUCUUUUUCCCACUGAUUCGAACGGAAAUUUCUGUUUAGAUGAAGUACCACAUGAAGAAACUUGGAAGGAAAUGGAAAAACUGGUUGAUGAUGGUUUAGUCAGAUCUAUUGGUUUAUCAAAUUUCAACAAGCGUCAGAUUGAAAAUAUUCUUAAACAUUGCCGUAUUAAACCAUCCAAUUUACAAAUUGAAAUUCAUGCUAAUUUUCCUAACAUACAAUUAGUUGAAUAUGCGCAGUCGAUUGGUUUAACUGUAACUGCUUAUGCUCCGCUUGGUUCACCUGCUGCUUCACCAGGAAGGGUUGAUUUACUCACGGAACCUUGGGUGUUACAAAUUGCUAAACAUCACGGUAAAACACCGGCACAAGUUCUCUUACGUUAUUUAAUUCAAAGAAACUUGAUAGUGGUUCCAAAGUCCGUGACACCAAAACGAAUUGAAGAAAACUUUCGGGUAUUUGAUUUCCAACUUUCGAAAGAGGAAAUGCAUGAAUUAAAUACGAAAGGUUUAAAUGAACGUCAAUUCAAAUUGUUGAAAAUGGCUGGUCAUUCGGAAUAUCCAUUCAAAGACGCUUAUUGAAUAUUCAAUAGAUGGAACAUAAUUGAACUGUAAGAUUUAAUCUCAUUAUGCUUUUAGAAAAUUGUCUCAGUUGUGCUAAGUUUCAUUACUAAAUAAAAUCUGAUUCGAUUCAAUCAGUCUUUUAAUCUGAUGUAUUACACAUCACAUUUUUUAAAGGUUUUGUUGAGCAUUUGAUUUAUGCCUCGCUACGGCCGAGGAUGGGGGAGAGUUCUCUCUUGAAGUGCUCUCACGUGGUCACGUAUGGCCGCUGUCAGAGAAGUCCUACUCACUGCAUUCUCGUUGCGAGCGUUUCCCUUAUGGAAUUGAAAGAAUGAAAAGCGAAUGUCCGGCGUUUUAACCGCAUUGGUUGUAAAGGAGAAUCCACCUAGGGGAGUUGAAAAACCCUGAUUCCAAACCAAUGCUCCAUAUUGGCUCCAGGAUCCUGAUGAAACAAAUGGCGUAUGAACCUAUUGUUGGUCACCGGCUACCAUAGGACGGCGUCUCCCAACGUUGCUCAACUGUCUUGUAGAUUAGACCUUUAGGUCAAAGGCUCAAGUCGUAGCCCUCGAAGAAAAGCAUUUGCCUCGGUUUGGCCGCCUGAGCAGUGAUUCAACCGUGACACAUGAUUUUUGAGUCGCAUAUAUAUUUGGUGCCUCGUACUAAUUUUUAUGUGUUUAAAUAAAAAUUAAUUUGAGAGUGUUACGAAAUCGAAGUAAUGCACAGCUGUUAGUGAUUCUACAUUAUUACGUUUAGACAAAUAAUCAUUUUUACCCCACUAGUGACAAUUAUUAUUUUGUAACACUAACAAUCCGUUCAACGUCAUUAAAUUUGAUUUGUGUAUAUGCGGUACAACAUUUGAGUGUGUUUGGAGAUCUCAUAUGUGUAAAUUGAUGUAGUCAACGAUUUAAAGCGUAUACUUUGUAAUGAGUGUAUCAUGGUAUUUCUGACCGAAGUAGUUUUGGUCUGGCUACAUAUGGAUUAUGAAGAACGUGAAAUCUCGAAGACUUGUAGUGUACAUCAUUUUUAAUAUCUUUGUACACGUGGUGAAAUGAAAGGUUUCGACGUCUGGAUUUUGCAACUGUGCUGUUGAUUUUACCAAAUGAUUGUUGCUUUGAAAUUAAUUUAGUUGAUUACACCGUCCUAAUGGGAAGUCCAUGUGGGAGGAUAGAAUGUAUAUUGUAUGGAUAAAGAGGGCAUGUCUAGUGGUCGGAAAUUGGGGCGUGAGAUUAGAAGCAAACAAAUCGGAAUGACGGUAUUAAUAUUGGUGACUAACUGGACGUUGAGUAUGUGGUUCGAAAAGGAACACGUUGAGCCGGGGGAGCAAAAAGUAUUGGUAAUACUAUAUUUGGAAUUCGAAGUAUGGUAAGGAAUUUUUACAACUACGAUUUAUGCACAGGCAUAUCAUUUAAGGUUUACAGUUACUUGUUAGCAUUACUGUAUGAAUUGGAAUCGAAAAGCAUACACACUAAAAGACAGGUUACUUCAACACUCAAUGCUUGGUGUCAUACUUUCAUUAGGUGGGCCUUACUUUUCCAUAUUACUCAUAUGCUAGUCGGCAUUGUGUCGGGGUAAGCAGUGUCUAGCAAUACAUGGUAGAUGAAGAUGUCUCAUUCAUGUCGUUUGUUGAUAGUUUACACACGGGUUUCAAUCUGUCGAAGAUUGGAUGCUUUUGAACUUACCCCACAGGUAUUGUGAGGAAAGUAAAUUAUCAUUGUUGCUAAAAGAGCUUUACAUCUCAUCAGUGGCUUGUGAGCUCAUUAUUUGAACAGUUAUUAGCAUCAGAUUCUCUAUUUAACACUUAUACUCCUAAUAAAUAUUCGGAGCUUGCAUUUGUGCGAUUAACACAAGUCGCGUCAUGUGUAUCUGCUGUGUUGCUUCAACCCAUUUAUCGACAACAUAGGAAAAAGUCUGUUCACUGAAUAUAAGGCCGCUAACAAAAACUGGCAACACAGCAGAUGCACAUGACGCGACUUGUGUUCAUUAAUUACCUGAAAUAGAGAAUACGGGUAUUAGCUUAAUAGAUGCAUUUCGAAAGACUUUGAUUUCUAUUUCCAAAGAACCAGUGUACUUACCAUGUAGGGAAGCUCUUGGCAGACGCCUAUUGCGUAUCACUUCAUCAACCAUAUUUAUGGCCCGGCUUAUUGCGUCCUCGGCGGUCGUCAAUCCCAACAGUGCGGUGACUGUUGAUUCUACUACGAAAAAUAUAAUACAGUCUGUUUCUUUUCGUAUAGUCUGGGGACGGAAUAGCUAGGAUAUUCUGAUCUAAAUCUCCCACAUAGCUUCAAAACUAAAUCAACUGUUUCAUUAUACGAAGAUAAAUAUAACAUAUCUGUAAACUCUGGCAUUUGCAAAUGAGUAAAUACCAUGUGCUUACAUGGAAUUUGAUACGUGUGGAAUACACGGCAGGUGCAAGUGCCAUCGUUUAUAUCCACUAUAGGGCAGUAACGGCCAUCGACCAAGAAAACUAAUGAUGACAGACGGUUUUCAAUAUACAUUAGCCCUCUUCUAUUAUAGCCUUUAAGGAUUAUAAACCCGACAUACGUAGUUAGCUUCCCUAGCAGAGGUAUUAAGUAAUCUGGAGCAACAAAUCUACGUUUGUGACUACAGUGCAAGCUCGAUUGUAGUGACCUGUGUUUGCUUAAUUUCCAUUGCCAUGUAGUAUGUUUUCCAAAUACAUUUAAUCAAUGCCUCUCCGCUACAUAACUUUCGCUUUAAUUGUCUAUGUGCUCUUUCAACACGGUUAUUUAUAUUGUUACCCAAUGUAACAACGUCACUGUUGAAAGCUGCGGUCCAAUUUCUUUUCCUGUUCAUCCAGUAUUUAUUUAAAUACAUUGCGGUGCGUUUGCUACGAACACUAAUUAUUCGUCGGAUCUGAUUAAACUUUACAACUGAUUGUUCACGGACAAGUGGGCACAAGUACAGCUUUAUUAUUGGAUUGCGGGUCUUCUUAGAAAUAACUCUACACACGUGGAAUGAGCAUAAAGCUAUGUAGGCAGUACGGUGGGUCGUUUCCACAGCAGAUAUGAUGGAUCUUGCUUAAUCCAUCAGAAACGUUU